AUGUUGUUUCCAUCCCUUAGUUACUUUUACUACGUCCCAGUUCUCUCAAUAAUUAAGCGUGUUGCUCAAAACUGGGUGAAUCGUGCUUGUGAAAAUAGUCAAAUUGACGGGUUAGAUGAAGCGAAUUUUCGAAUUCUAUCUGCUAUCGAAUCUGUAACGCAAAUACAUACUCGUAGAAGACGUGGAACCGACAGUAACGAUGAGAACAAUGAACGGGAUGUUGAUGAUGAUGAUGACGAUGAUGAUAACGAUAACGAUAACGAUUUGGAAUCAGACAGUAGCAGCAGUAGUAGUAAUAAUAGCACUAAUUCUAGUCAACCAAAUCGUUCACGCAAUGGUAUUGAUAUUGUUCGAUCUGUACUUAUGCUUGGACGACGUAGAGGUAUCAAUGGAGCUGAACAGAGAAGUGAAGAAACUCUCGCAUCAAGAGAUCGUGCCGAAGGUCCCAAUGAACAUAGCAGUUCAGAUGAAUGUGGUAUUUCAUCGAGAAUAUCUAGUUUUCUUGCUAAAGAACUCCGUUACCCUCAUGAUAGUUCUUCAGAUUCAGAAACCUCUACUACUACUACUACUACGUCUACUUCCUCCUCUUCAUCAUCAACGUCAUCUUCGUCUUCUCCUUCACACUCUUCAUCGUCUUCAUCGUCCUCGACAUCAUCACCGUCAUAA